UCCACAGCGCAAGGUAAAAAUUUCAUUCCGUGGCGAGCAUUCGACGUGAGCGGACGUUUUGAGCGCGUGUGCCGUGCCGCAGAUAACGAAACAUCGCAGUGCUAUCACCAGAAUUGAAAACAGAAUCGCAUCAAAUACAUUAUACUUCACAGUUGAAUGACGAGAAAUCAGAAAAGAAAAAAUCCCCCGCCCAUUUAUAAAAAAAUCAAAAUCACAAGUUGAUAAGUGCCAAAACAAAAAUCAAUACCGAUCGCAUACAAUGCAGCGCCCCAAAAAGUGCUCAAAACUGUGCUGAACAAAUAUUAUAAAAAAAAAUAACAAAAUAAGCAAAACAAACAACAGAAAAUCUAUAUUUAAUCUAUACUAUAUCUAUGUGUAAUCGAAUCGAAAAUGGCAGUCGAACAAAUUGAUAAAAUGGCAGCUAAAGCCGGAGAAGCUACAAAAAAAUGGAUUAAGCCACAGCAGCCGCUGCUAUCGCUUUUGCUGCUCUUGGCCACGUUUAGUCAGCUGCCGGCCGUGUGCAGCAGCAGCAUCUUGGAUGCAGCGAGUCUGCAGGAGAAGGAUCCGUUGAGGGACACCAGCAUGAACAUGAUCCAGCGCAACUACAUGGUGAUGCACUCGGCCAGCGGCUCCGGUGACCACAGCCGCUCCCUGAAGCGCGCCUAUCUGGCCAACUCGAGCAUCACCUGCAACGACGGCAGCCAUGCCGGCUACUAUCUGCGCAAGCAUCCCAGCUCCAAGAAGUGGAUCGUUCUGCUCGAAGGUGGCUGGCACUGCUUCGAUGUGCGCUCGUGCCGCUCCAGAUGGAUGCGACUGCGCCACCUAAUGACCUCCUCCCAGUGGCCAGAGACGAGAGAUGUUGGAGGCAUUCUAUCGCCCCAUCCCGAGGAGAAUCCCUACUGGCACAAUGCCAACCAUGUGCUCAUCCCGUACUGCAGCAGUGAUUCGUGGUCGGGAACGCGAACGGAGCCGGAUACCAGCGAUCGGGAGAACAGCUGGCGGUUCAUGGGAGCCCUGAUCCUGCGCCAGGUGAUCGCCGAGCUGAUUCCCGUGGGAUUGGGUCGUGUGCCCGGUGGCGAACUGAUGCUCGUUGGCUCAUCGGCUGGUGGCCUGGGUGUAAUGCUCAAUUUGGAUCGCAUUCGAGACUUUCUGGUCAACGAGAAAAAGCUACAGAUCACAGUGAGAGGAGUGAGUGACUCGGGUUGGUUCCUGGACAGAGAGCCAUACACGCCGGCGGCAGUGGCCUCCAAUGAGGCAGUGCGUCAGGGUUGGAAGUUGUGGCAGGGCUUGCUGCCCGAGGAGUGCACCAAAAGUUAUCCCACGGAGCCAUGGAGGUGUUACUAUGGAUACCGACUAUAUCCCACCUUAAAAACUCCCCUUUUCGUUUUCCAAUGGCUUUUCGACGAGGCCCAAAUGCGAGUGGACAAUGUUGGAGCACCCGUAACGCCGCAGCAAUGGAACUACAUCCACGAAAUGGGCGGCGCCCUGAGAUCCUCGCUGGACAAUGUGAGCGCAGUGUUUGCACCCAGUUGCAUAGGUCAUGGGGUGCUCUUCAAACGGGAUUGGGUCAAUAUCAAGAUCGACGAUAUAUCCCUGCCCUCGGCGCUGCGCUGUUGGGAGCACUCAACGCGCAGCCGGCGUCAUGACAAGCUCAAGCGUUCCACGGAGCCAUCGACGGCGGUCUCGCAUCCAGCACAUGCCAAUAACCAAAGACACCAGCGACACCGUCAGCGGCUGCAGCGCCAGAAGCAGAACAAUGUGGCCCAAUCUGGAGGGCAGCAGCGUAAGCACAAUCACCUGAGCAAGGAGGAGCGAGAGGAGCGGAAGCGAUUGCGCCAGGAGCAGCGACAGAGGCGGAAGCAACGCCGCCGCCAGCAGCAGCAAAAGAAGGCCAAUGGCGGGCAGGAGCAUCGGAAUAAGAAGGACAACAGCCCCAAGUCGAGCAAUGGCAAUGAUCAGCGGAAACAGCGACGGCGCCAGCAAUUGACAGCCGAGGAAAGGCAGGAGCAGCGCAAGCGGCGCAGGAAGGCGCAGCAGCAGCAGAUGAAAAUGCAGCGGGAACAGCCGGCGGCGGGAGUUUUCCUGGAAGCGAGUGCGCCCCAGAAGACACGCUCCUCCAACAACGCCUCCGCGGGCACAAAGUCCAAGAAGCGACAUCGCGUUCCGCGAGUGCCGGAGAAAUGUGGCCUGCGUCUGCUGGAACGCUGCAGUUGGCCGCAAUGCAAUCACUCGUGUCCCACGCUCACCAAUCCCAUGACCGGCGAGGAGAUGCGCUUCCUCGAGCUGCUCACCGCCUUUGGCUUGGACAUCGAGGCGGUGGCCGCCGCUCUGGGAGUCGAUAUGCACACGCUCAACAACAUGGAGCGCACCGAGUUGGUCAACAUGCUCACCCAGCAGGCCAACUAGGCUCACCAAAUACCCUGUACCCUUUUGAGGGGAUUCCAAAGUGGGCAUGUAAAUCGUAGGAGAAGGAAAAUAUGCACAAUUUCUUAGUUUCUAACUUAAAGCAAACAAAAACUGACUUUUUAACUCUGACAAAUUAGUUCAAAAUGCUUGAAUAUUUUUCAAACUACACAAAAGUUUUUAACCUUAACGAUGUUAGCUAUUCUUUAAAUCAUUUAUAAGAAGUCCUUAUUUUUAGUUUUUAUUAUUUUCGAGAAAAGAGUACCCUACGAUUUGCUCGCACUUUUUGGAGGUCCAUAGAACUCGAGCCACCCUACUGUAAAUAGGCGCCCUGUAUAUAUAUAGUUUGUAGGUGGGGCCGCUCUGUACAUAUUACAUAAUACCGCCCAAAAAAAAAACACACACACUCACAUUAGAGGAGACAACUCCAAUUCCUAGAACACACCAAGAAGAAAAGACAUGCGCAUAGUACCCAGUAAUUAAGCAGAAUUUAUUUAUAGUCCUACUCGAACUGCAACUCCUAUUCGUAUUCGUAUUCGUACUCGUACUCGUAUUCACAUUCACAUUCGCCACAUUUAUUCAUUCGCAUUCUGCAAUCAUAAUCAAAGAAAUGAAAUCUGCUUAACGAGAAACUAAACACAAAUGCAACCACAAGACUGUUUUUAUGUUUUUUUUACAUAUAUACAUAUAUAUUGAUAAAUAGCAUAGUUUACAUAGAUAUGGUAUGCUUAAUGAACGUAAAUGUUUAUGUAAUUUAUUUGAUAAUUUAUGGCCCGUUUAGGAUUUUACUUGUGUGUGGAAUCUAGACUGUUUCAAAUGCCCCACGCAUAUGAUUAUUAUUUUUUUAUGUAUUUUUUUUUAUAUACAUUUAUUUUGUACCUACCUCAGAUCAGUAAGAAUGAAUGAAAUUGAUAAACAGCUGCCUUCACAUAUCAUUGCGUACCUGUGCAACGAAAAUCAAAUACUUAAUACUUAACUUAAUACCGCCCGCAUUCCGUUAAAUAAAAGAAAUAAAAGAAAGAAAUAAAUAAAUACAAUAGCUAACCAGAAGCGAAGUGAACAAAUCGAAUAAAUAAUUGUAGCAAUGUUUGUAAAGAAUUUCUAGAUAAGCGAGAAUAAAUCGCACACAAAUUAACUAUUUAACGCUAGUAACUUAUGCUAAGCCUGUACAGAACUGGUUGAAGUUUAGCCCUAAGAAUUGUUGUACUUAAACUUAGUGAUAAUCAUAAACGUAAUGCAAUUCGCAAGCUUAUUAGCUUUUGUUAGCGUUGUUCAAAUGAACUGGUUAUCAUUUUCAAAAGAUGAAAUCGACCAAUAUUUGAAACAGGAAACCAAUCCAAUAAACCCGACAAAAUAAUUAAAUGCAAA